CGGCUCCAUUUGCCCUCGCGUUGAUUUCGUCUUGAUCCUCCUCCACGUCACUCUCGUACUCUUUCAUCCUCGUAGCUCUCUAAGACGAUGCUGUCUGGAGUGCUUGGCCGAAGCGGCAAAGGCAGCGGGUCCAACAAUGCUGCUGGCGGUGCCUCUGCCUCCGGGUCGGGCGCAGGCGAUCGAACGCCAGACCGAGGUGGUCGACCAUCGCUGAGCAACGAUGCCAUUUCUCCUCCUUCAGCGACGGGCGGCCCAUCGACGUACAUGAGGCGGCACGACGGCAUAUCAUCCGCAGUAAACGGUACUGGCAGCGGCAGCAGUGGGCCCUCUGGUUCAUCCUCGUCGUCCUCUGGAAAGAGGCCGAUGGGCGGCGGAGGAGCUGGGAGCAGCGGCAGCAGUCUGGCAAACAUGGGCGCCAGCGCAGCUCCACCUCCUAAUCUCUUGCCAGAAGAGAUGAGGGCGCUACAAAAGGAAAAGGAGCGGGAGAGAGAAACGGCCAUCAAUGCUGAGAUGAGCAGGCAGAGUAGUGGGUCCAGUGUGAGGACUUCGACUACUGCGUCGAGCAAGAGCCCUUACUCGUCGAAUCACAUGGAGUCAUCGGUCACUCGCCUCCUCGUCGCGACCAAGAUGCUCCUCGAAUCCCUCACAAAGUGGUCCAUCGGACAGAAGUCGGAAACGCAGGUCAGCGACGUCUAUGUGCGGCUGGGCAACGAUUUCAUUACUGCGAGGCAGGCUUUUGGCAGCUACAACAUCGACAUGAGCGACCUGGCAUCCGUCCCCGACGACCUUCGAGUCUGCCUGGAACGUUGCCUCUCAGAAGAUGCCUCGCCCGCCGUCCUCGAGCAACACCUCCCUCGUGUGCGUGAGAUCAUCAUUCAUCUCCUCCAAGGACUCAAGCUCAAGCAAGCAGAGUACAAGCGCAUCCUCGUCGCGCAGCAACGGGGUUCUACGACGUCGAAGCGCAGCAGCAUCUUGCAGGCAGCGCCAGGUGUCGCGGCAAGCAUGGCUGGCGAGCGAAGGUCGAGUAGAACAAUCAGGCAGGAGCGACAAGGCGUCAGCGACAGUGCCCGCGGGUCGUACAUUGCUCCAGAGCCACUCGAGCCCAAUCCCAACUCACAGCCCGAAAGUCUCCCGCAGCGCUCCAACUCCUCCAGCGUCACCUCACCGAGGACUGCAGGCCUAAACGGUGGUACGCAGCUCGUUGACAACCCGACCCCUGCUCCGCCCGAGCCGCAAGAAGACUACCUCAAGACGCCGACCAUGUCUCCUCCAGCAGCUGCCGACACUUCUCUUCCGGGCUCAGACCCUUCACCCUACACACCCGCCUCAACACCCCGUCGCGUAUCUGGCUCGAGUUCGACGGGAAAACUCACCCGUUCACGCUCCGACGUCGUGGUAGCAGAUGCAACAGAGGCGGACCCCAGCCUGCGAGCGUUGAAGAGUCGCGAUGCGCUAGAGCGUCGAGCCAGCAAGCGCUUCAGCGCAUACACCUUCAACAAGAUGGGCGUCGGCCAAAGUGGGAUGAGCAGCUUUGGCUCUGGCAUCCUCUCCGGUGGUGGAGGAGCAAACGCCAGUCCUGAGAUGCCGAGAAGCGGGGGCGGACACAAGCGCGGCGCCUCUCGCAGGCAGAAGCCCAGCGUUUCCAAUAUCUCUGAGCUCGCAGCCGCAGAAGAGAUGCCACCCGUCCCCAAGUCGCCAAAUCUCGCGCGCAAGUCUCCUCUGGCUACGCCGCAGCUGGGAGCGGGGGCGAGGGGCAGUGCGAGCACGAGGAGCAGCGCUGGUGCUGGUGCGGGAGGGAGUGAAAUGGAGGAGUUGGCAGACUCGGCUUCGCGAGGAGGGAGCCCACUGCGCCGCACGGGCUCGCAGACGCUGGGUCUACCGUCGUCGUUGCGCAAUGCCAAUCGAUCGCCUACGCCGUCGACUCAGGCUGCAAGCUCCAACGAGUCGCUGCCCUUUACCGACGCGAACCAGACGCCGAGGAGCCCAAUUGUGGCAACAGCAGCAGCCGCUUCCAUCCGAGGAGAAGACGUAUUCACGGCAGGCAGCACCGACUCGUCAACCGCUCAAAGUGCAAGCGCCCGUACCCUCACUGCCGCAAGCAGCUCGCGCGAUCACGCAGGCAGCACAGACAGUCCUGCGACCACGGGCACGUCAGACCUUUCCGUCUUUCUCCAACUCGGACGCCAGACACGCAAGACGACGCUGGACUCUUCGACUCCACUCAGCGUCGCGCGCCUCCGCAUGUUGUUCGUGGAGCGCUUCGCCUACUCGCCGGGCAAGGACGACUUUCCUAGCAUCUACGUCAAGGACGUCUCGAGUGGGGUGUCAUACGAGCUGGAGGACCUGGCGGACGUGACGGAGGGGUGCGUGCUGACGCUGAACAUCGAACCACUGGACCAGGUGAAGCAGCAUCUCGAUCUAACGUUGGGCGCUAUCACAAAGGAGAUCAGAGAGGUCAAGGCGCAGUUGGCUGAGAGGGAGCAGAGGGAUGCGUUGGCGCUUGCAAGGAGGCCGUCUACAUCUCAUGCCCCGCGACUGGCGGACGCUGUCUCGCCGAGCAAAUUCUCAGACCGGCAAUUCGCUGCGGCAGAGGAGAGAAUGAGGCGUAGUGAGAGUCGCGGGGACGACGGCGAGGGUGACGCUCUCGCGAGCGGACAGGCAUCGUCAUCGACUGGCCCGGCGCCCGACCUUCGCGGCCACUACGACGAGAUCCUCUCCCUCCGCCGCGAGAUGGCCAUCCUCCGUCAAUUACAGGGCGAUUUCUCGACAGACGUUGGCGGUAUGCUCAAGAAGAUGAAAGAGCAGAGCGCGCGUGUUCGCUCCAUCGCAGCGCAAGACGUUCCCACAGAGCGCAACUUCAUUGUCGCAGGCAAGGCUCGUCUCGACGCCAGCUCGCAGGAGGUGCUCACUCUCGUCGAAGACCUGCAGGACGUGGUGGACGACCUCAAGCUGGACGUGAUCCAGCGCGGGGUAAAGCCCAAGCCCGCAACGGUCAAGAAGAUUAGCGCAGAUAUCGCCAAGGCCACCAGUGGGUUGGAGGACCUAGAGCGAUACGUGCAGACGGUCAAGCCUAGCUGGAAGAAGACGUGGGAGAGCGAGUUGCGCGAUAUUGUCGAGGAGCAGGAGUUCCUCAAUCACCAGGAAGGACUCAUCGCCGACCUACGCGAGGAUCACAAGGCGCUGCAGGAGGUGUAUGAGAAUAUUCAGCAAGUCGUCAAGCUCCGCAGCGCUGGCCGGCCCACGGGGGGCAAAUAUAUUCCGCCGUUGCCAGAGGAGGGGCACGAGGGGCUCAGCACGGUUAUGCUUGAGGUGCGCGGCCAGAGCAUCGACCACGAGAAGCGUUUGCGAGCUUUGCAGGCGGCAGAGAGGACGAGGCAAAGGGAGAUGAGCAGUCGGACGGACGAGUUUCAGGAGGAACUGGCGGGCUUCGUUGCCGCGCCUGCUGGGUCGGGUAGCGGUGAGGCGGCUGGGAGUGGAUUGCGCAAGACUGGCGGCCACUUGGAGGUAGAGCGCAUCCGCUCUAAGCGCGACAAGGCUACGCUACUUGCCAUGUUCGGCGGUGGAGGGUCGGGAGGGGCGCCUCCGCUACACGAAGGGGCGGCGCCGCCCAAGAAGCUGAUCCUAGGCGGCGCCAAGGGAGCGGCACCUGCGGCCAAGUCGAUGGCUAAAUUGGCCUCGGCCACCUCUUCCUCGGCAGACUCUGCGCCCGGAUUGUCGCCCACGACUUCGAUGGACACGGCGAGCGAUAGAGGUAGCGCGGAGUGAGAGAAGCGAGGGACGUUACACCUCGAGCUUGGGGAUGUUUGUAUAUUUGCUGUGGUCCAAUCGUGACACCUUCGAGUCCAAAGCUCGUGAAGCUGCG